CACUGAGUGACGCGUUUAGGUAUGAGUUAUAAAAUUAUCAAGUUAUUAAUUUUCUUUUGGGUAAAAUAUUGUGAGAAAUAGUUCAUCGAGGAAAUUUGAGGAUGAGCUGUCGGUGGAGAGACUCGUUGGGAUUUUCAGUAGCUGAAGACGAGGGCAGUGUGUCUUCUCAGCCUCUUGGGAGCUUCCCCGAGUAUUUUGUCAAUUCUCCAUUGAAAAUUUCUGAGGAAGGGGACCAGUUCUGGGCUGAAGACGAGCUGAGCUCCAUUGAGUCGAAUUCACGACUCAAACGUAAGAGGAGGCGGAGUGUUUCGUAUAGGAAUCAGAGAUACAGAAGUGGUUCCAGGAUUCCCCAAGUCUCCAGCUCCAGUGAAUCGUCGUCUAGAGUAAGACGCAGAAGGAGGAAGAGGAGGGAAACCAAUCCAGAAGAGAUUCCCACAAAUUCCAAAUCUUCCAAGCACAAUAAUUUGCCUAAUCGGGGGAAAAUCUCGGUGAAAAGUCCACUUAAGAAACUCAGAUUGAAAUUCCAACGGAAAUAAUGGAUGUAUAUAAAGAAUUGCAAUAAAAAUAACUUGAGA